AUGUACGUACUGGAGGGAGGUGGUCACACUGAGCCGGGCAUCCACCUCAUAGCCGGGCGCCGGCCGAAGCUGGACUGGCCUGGCGGCUGCGGCCGAGGAAUCCGGCGGGCAGGGACGGCGGGCGGUUCUCUGGGCGACCCUAGCUCCCUGCGACAGCCGCCCGGGCCGUCGGCGCCCACGUGUCCCCCCGCCUUUGUGACUGCGAGCGCUUCCGGGCCCGCGGGUCCUGGCGCGGGCGACCGUGCCCCGCCUGCGUGUGCAGGCGCGGUCCUGCUGGACGCUGGCCUGGGGGUAGUCACGCCGCCCGCUGCAGAUCGCGCUCCUGAGGAAUGGCGCGGGGCUUGGGCACUGGGGUGGCGGGGGGAGGACGCCCCCCCGGAACCGCGACCCGGUCAGGCGCCGCCGCGGACACCCCGCGCGGGUCCUCGGCCUGGAGGGAGGGCGGUGCCGAGCGGGCAGCUGGGGAAGCGACUGGGAGAGCGCUACCUGCUGCGGAAGGCGCCCGAGUCUGGGGUCCGUUCGACCAAAGGCCCCCGCGUGCAGGUUCCCCGCCUCCUAACCUCCCGGGCCUCAUUUCCUCCUCUGUGGGAAGAGGGUCACGCUGGAGGGCCUCUAAGGUCCCUUCAUGCUGAGAAUUCUUUAUCUGUAGUGGGAACUCUAUUUGCUAACUGCCUGUGUUCAAUGCCAGCAACUCUCCACAGCCAAAAUUGUACCUUGUUUGUAUUUAUCUACAAUAGAUAUCGGGGAAAACUGUACUGA